AUGGCCUACAAUUGUCGCAGUAAUGACCAGAGAUUCGGUCCUUCGCUUUCCGACUGUCUCGUUCAUUUCGACUUCACCCUCUUAUUUGAACAGAGCAUCCUUGGACUGGUUCCUUCAAUCCUGCUGAUUCUCCUGGCACCGCCUCGCCUGGUCCAAUUACUCCGAUGCCCGAAGAAGGCCCCCAUCACUCACCCUCUGGUGUACAGCAAAGCAACGGUCGCGAUUGUCCUCCUGGGCCUCCGAGUGGCAUUGUUGACGCUGUGGAGCAUUCGACCCGCCACCUCAGCGUCCAUUGCAUCGGCUGCCGUGUCGUGGUUGGGAAGCAGCCUCGUCCUCGCACUCUCCACCCUGGAGCAUACACGCUCAGAGCGUCCCUCCUCGCUCCUCUGCAUCUAUCUCCUGCUCGACAGUGUGUUUAAUGCAACCCAGCUUCGAAGUCUAUACCUCCGACGGCACCUGACCGCCGUCUCGAGUGUCGCCUCCGUUGCUCUGGGGGCCGAGGUCCUGCUGCUCGUUCUUGAGACUGUUGACAAGCGCGCCUGUCUCUCCGAUGCUUUCCGCAGCAAGUAUCCCCCGGAGUCCACGAGUGGGAUCAUCAAUCGUAGCUUUUUCUGGUGGUUGAGCCCGUUGUUCGUUCGCGGCUAUCGCAGGAACCUGUCCCUCGGUGACCUCGAUCGCGUGGAUCAGGAGCUGUCGGCUGGGCCGUUACAUGAGCGCAUGCAGGUCGCGUGGGCGAAACAUCGAUCCGAGCGCCGCUUCUCCUUGGUGAUCGCCCUCUUCUAUUGCCUCAAAUGGCCGCUUCUUCUGACGGUUUUCCCCCGACUGUGUCUCAUUGGCUUCACGUAUGCCCAGCCCUUUCUCAUCACCCGGGUGAUCAGCUAUGUCAGCGAUGCGGACUUGACGCGGGAUAAGAGUGACGGCUACGGGCUGAUUGCAGCCACCGGCUUGAUUUACCUGGGAAUUGCGCUCUCGACGGCGCAUUACCAACACCGCCUUUAUCGCAUGAUUACCAUGUUUCGCGGCGCCAUGGUCUCGCAGAUCUACGCCAAAACCCUGGCUCUCGCGCGGGCUCCGGAUGAGUCCGCCGCUGUCACCCUCAUGAGCACGGACGUGGACCGGAUCGCAUUCAGCCUACGCCAGAUCGCUGAGGUCUGGGCGCGCACGGUGGAGCUGGCGAUUGGAUUGUGGCUGCUGGAGCGCCAAGUCGGGUGGAUCUGCAUUGGUCCCACAAUCGCCGUAGUGGGCGCGUUCUAUGCAUCGUUGCACGUGGCCAAAAAGAUCGGUCCCGCCCAAAAGACAUGGGUGGGCGCGGUGCAACGCCGGGUCGCGCUGACUUCCUCCCUCCUCGGAAGCAUGAAGAGCAUGAAAAUGAUGGGUCUGUCCGAGCGCAUGGCCCAAACCAUCCACGGCCAGCGGCUUCGCGAGCUACAUCUCGGGGCGAGCUUUCGGGUGUUUGGCAUCUGGCGUAACACUAUCUCGAUGAUCCCGGUGGAGAUCGGACCAUUUCUGGUCUUUCUUAUCUAUACCGUUCAGUCCCAGCGGUUGACUACCGACAAAGCGUUCGGGACCUUGGCCAUCAUCUCCUUGCUGACGGACCCAGCGAGAGAGCUUCUUUCCUCCUACCCAACCUUGGUCUCGGCAAUGGGUUGCAUCGAUCGAAUCCACGCCUAUCUAUCCGCCGCAGAUAAACCCAAUGGCGAAGUUGGUGCAACAAUCCAUGAGCCAGGGAAAUCUGGGCUUGUCCUGCAAAGCCUGCCCGCAAAGUCCAUCGAUCGGCCCAUCGUCGCCUUCCACGAGGCCGACAUACGACCGGCGCCAGAAUCCGAGGCUGUUCUGCACAAGGUCAACUGGCAAGUCCUCCCUGGUUCAUUUAACUUCGUUGUCGGUCCUGUCGGGUCGGGCAAAAGCACCCUCCUGAAAGCAAUCUUGGGCGAGGCUGUCUCCACCCCUGGCAGCAUCCAGAUCAACAGCCGAGAUAUCGCAUACUGCAGUCAGUCACCAUGGCUGCAGAACCUCGUGUUUCGAGACGCUAUCACCGGCCCCGGGGCCGCCUUGGAUGAGGGCUGGUACGCCACUAUACUGGAGGCCUGUCUUCUGGAUGUCGACAUCAAGCGCCUGCCGCAGAUGGACGAUACUCUGCUCGGCAGCCGGGGUGUGACGCUGAGUGGCGGUCAGAAGCAGCGCGUGGCCCUCGCUCGCGCACUCUACAGCCGACGGUCCGUUCUGUUGCUCGACGAUGUCUUGAGCGCACUCGAUGCGAAGACGGAGUUGCAGAUCGUGCAAAAUCUGUUCGGGCCGGAGGGGUUGCUGCGACGCAAUGCGUCCACAGUCGUUCUGGUGACCCAUGCCGUCCGACAUCUGCAUCUGGCCGAUUAUGUCAUUGCCUUGGACCGAUCGGGCCACAUUGCGCACCAGGGAUCCUGGACGGACUUCACCCGCGGGCAAGGACCGGGGCUGCUGCACGAGGCUGCGAGCGUAGAUGUUGGGUUGCAGGACCGGUCUGAGGAAGUUCCUGCGCCAAGCAAGCAAAGCAAACCGCUGCCGAAGGCGCUCCGGGGACCGACCGCGACCGAUGUCAGUGACUUGAGCCGGCGGACCGGGGAUCUCGCAGUGUAUAAAUACUACGCCCGCUCGUUUGGGUGGAAGCUCUCUUCGAUGAUGCUGCUCAUGGUGGCGCUCGUUGCCGUCACGACUUACCUUCCACAGAUCUGGUUGGAAAUGUACACGUCUGGCGCAGUUGGUCGUGUCGGGGUAUUUUGUGCGGUCUACGCGGUGAUCGCAUCUAGCUGCCUUACGGCGUUCUACGUGUCUAUGAGGAUUGUGUUUAUCUAUCUCAUUCCCAAGUCAGGUGGCAAUCUGCAUCAAACCCUCAUCGACACCGUGACGCACGCUACCCAGUCGUAUUUCGACACCAUCGAUAGCGGGGUCAUACUCAACCUAUUUAGCCAGGACAUGUCCUUGGUCGACGCCAUGCUGCCAGCCUCAAUGAUCAUCACUCUACAAGCCCUGGCCAAUGGACUGGCCCAGAUCGGCCUCAUAGCGGCAGGCUCCAGCUACAUGGCCUUGACCAUUCCGGGGCUCAUCUGCCUCGUGUACCUCUUGCAAAACAUUUACCUACGCACCUCGCGCCAGAUGCGGUUCCUCGACCUCGAAGCCAAAAGCCCCCUGUACACGCACUUUAUGGAGACGCUCGAGGGGCUGAUGACGGUCCGGGCGUUCGGCUGGCAGCACGCGUUCACGAUGCGCAGCAACCACCUGCUCGACGAGUCCCAGAAACCGUACUACCUGCUCUACUGCAUCCAGCGAUGGCUUGACCUGGUGCUGCAACUGCUUAUCGGGACCCUCGCCGUGAUUUUGGUCACUCUGGCCGUCACGCUGCGCACGUCCAGCUCGGCCGGGCAGAUCGGGCUCGCGCUGAACAGCAUCCUCGGCUUCAACGCCACCUUCCAGAUGCUCUUCACCUUCUGGACCACUCUGGAGACCUCCCUCGGGGCGAUCGCCCGCAUCAAGUCCACCGCGCAGCUCACCCCGCAGGAGACCGACGGGGACGCGACCGCCCCACCGACCACCUGGCCGCGCCACGGCGAGAUCGUCUUCCAACAGGUAAACGCCGCCUGGACCGCCGACCGGGGAGCCCCUCCUUCCCUCCAAGAGGUCACCUUCAGCGUCCCCGCGGGCACAAAACUCGGGGUGUGCGGACGCACCGGCAGCGGGAAAAGCACGCUUCUCGCCGCGCUCCUGCGCCUGGUCGACCUCGACGCAGGACAAAUCCUCAUCGACGGGCUCGACAUCCGGUCCGUGCCGCGGGCCUGCCUCCGCGAACGAAUCGUCACUAUUCCGCAGGAGCCGUUCUUCGUGUCUGGCUCCGUCCGCGAGAACAUGACGCUCACCCUGCCUGGUGGCGGGGUGGCACCACCGGGCAGCAACCACCCUGAGACAUACUCCGACCAACAGAUCCAAUCCGCACUCACCCUAACCGACCUCUGGGCCACUGUCGCCGAGAAGGCCGGACGCAGCACAGCCCAGGAUCAGAAUCACAACCCGCUGGACGCGUCGAUGCAGGACCUCGCGCUCUCCCCGGGCCAGCAGCAGCUCUUCUGCCUGGCGCGCGCGAUCCUGCGCAGGGACACGGCGCGGAUCGUCGUGCUGGACGAGGCGACGAGCGCGGUGGACGGGGCGGCGGAUCGGCGGGUGCAGGCGGUGCUGCGCCGGGAGCUUGCGGGGCAUACGGUGGUCAUGGUGGCGCAUCGGGUGGAGACGCUGGUGGAGGCGGAUCUGGUGGCUGUGCUGGAUCAGGGGAGGGUGGUGGAGGUGGAUGCGCCGGGGCGGCUGUUGGCGAGGGAGGGGUCGGUAUUUGCGGAAUUGAGGCGGUGCGGGUUGUAG